GAGAUAAUGUGUAUUCUGAAAAUAGAAGCAGCAGUAAAUAACAAGUUCAGAAUUAUGUGUUACUUAUACAUAUUAGCAACAACUACAUUCAGGAAAAAAUUUAAAACAGAAUUAACAAGUGACUUUGUAACUUGUGAUAAAUAUGCACUGAGAAUGAACUUGGCUACCUAAAUGAGGGAAAACACACAAUGCUCACAUCCUGCUGUAACUGCCAGUGGUUUAAUGCACCACAUUUACUUAUGUUAGUAAUUCUGCACAUAAUAGCACAGUCCUCAUCUCUUUUGUGUAACAGUUUGAUAGUUAUUGAGAAAGUUAUUUCCUCCUGUUCCUGUAAGACUGGCCAGUUCUGUAAUACAUUUGCUGCUACAGAGAUGUUCUUUCAGACGUAAAAAGAACUUGUAGUCACCUGUUGCCAAGUCAGUUGAUUAUAGUAAAUGAUUCAAUUUGUAGGACUGUAUCAUUUUUGUGUCGUGAUCUAUGACCUUUAAUAAAAGAAAAGAAAAAGUCAAAACUACAUGCUUGUUGGUGGUCUGGUAGGAUACUGUAGUACUGGCAUUGAAUUUCUUGUCUUUGCAGCUAUCCCUUGUAAAUGUGCCAACUAAUCCUCAGAAAUAAGAUAAUAAGCUAAACACUAAAAAGUUAAAUAUAUUUGUGCCAGAUGUCCAGGGAGGCAAAUUAUGAUGGCUAUGAAUGUAGCACUUCAACACAAGGAAGUCAUUAAUAACUAAUUUUGCUCUUCAUUGCUCAGACAUUUUGAUGUAAUAACAGUAACUGCCAUUGUACACAGACCAAGCUCUAGUUGGCUGUAUAAUUUUUGUGGCAGUUUCUGUAAAUUUUUGAUAAAGAGCUAUUUGCAAAAAUGCUAUAUCCUCCAUUAUAAUGGACAUCGAGUUUCCUGUCCUGCUGUCAGAGAUUCUGCAUUUUCCGUUGUAAUACUUGUGGCACAUUUGAAUGGAUUGUAUGCUGCAGCCAUCUGGCGGGAGAAACAGUCACUACAAUCACUUGGCGCCAAGUAACAGCUUUGUUUACGACGUGUUACGAUGGCAGGAUACACAUCAAAGCUCAGUUCAGAAGAAAUUUUAGAACUUCUUUUGAAUGGAGACGUGUCAGAUCUUGAGAUUAGUGAGGAGGAGGAUGGUGAUUUUGAUCUGGCAGAUGAUGCUGUGCAACAAUCGAAUGUUCCUUCCCCAAGUGAACAGAGUAGCAGCUGCACUGAUAAUUCUGAUGAUGACGAGAGUUCUUAGCAGAAUCGCAGGAUGUUUUGGGACAAAUGCGAAAGGUUUGAGGGACUCCAGGCUACCUUCUCGCCCACGGAAGUUGCAGAACAUAAUGAGAAACAGAUCAUGGACUACUUUCAGCAAUACUUUGACUUGGCCUUUUUUAAGGAUACUUCUGAACUUACCAAUAUGAGAUAUUUACAGCAGACUGGAAGGUCUUUAAAGCUGUCUGCCAAGGAAUUGGGGGUAUUUAUUGGAGCAACAAUACUAAUGUCUUGUUUGAGAUACCCUAGAGUUAGGAUGUACUGGGGUAAAACAACAAGAGUUAUUAGCAUUACUGAAAUUAUGACUCGAGACCGAUACUUCACCAUUAGAAGUAAUUUGAAGGUGACAGACGAUAAUGCUGUAACAGAGGAAACUAGAAGGAAAGAUAAGUUGUGGAAAAUAAGGCCACUUUUAGAACGUGUAAAGAGAGCAUGCCUCAGUUUACCUCGAUCUCCUGAAGUGGCAGUGGAUGAACAAAUGAUCCUGUUUACUGGAGCAUGUGCAAUGAAACAAUUUGUCAGGGGAAAGCCAAAUCCUGAAGGGCUUAAAAAUUUUGUGUUGGCUGCUCCUUCAGGACUAGUCCUUGACUUUGAGAUUUAUCAGGGUAAAGGAACAUUCCCAGAAGCUAUUGGUCAACAAUUAAAACAAGGAAUAGGGGCCUCAGCAGUCCUCAGGCUUUGCCAGAGCCUUCCAGAAGGAACACAUGUGUUCUUUGAUAGGUAUUUUACCUCUGUUCCGUUACUGGAAUCAUUGGCUGAAAAAAACUUGCCUGCCACUGGAACAAUCAUGAAGUCAAGAAUACCCAGAGCAGUCCAUCUGACAGCAGACAAGAUUCUUGCAAAUCAAGGACGUGGGUCUGUUGACCAGACAGUGAGAAAAGACAGACUUAUUUCUAUUGUAAAAUGGUAUGACCAAAAGCCAGUCAUAACUGCAUCGACGAAGGUUGGGAAGAACCCUAUGGAUCAAUGUAAAAGGUGGUCGAAAAAAGAUCGGAGAUACAUUAAGGUUCCCCGUCCAGCAGUAAUCAGCUGCUACAAUAAAAAUAUGGGUGGCAUAGACCUGAUUGACAGAAUGAUGAGUUUUUACUGGAUCUGCACCAGAACCAAAAAGUGGACCGUAAAAACUAUUUUUCACUUCAUAGAUCUGGGAAUUGCAAAUAGCUGGAUUCAGUACAGAAGUGACAGAAUUAAGAAUGAUGAGCCAAAGAAGAAUAUCCUGCAGUACAUUGAUUUCAAAAUUAGAAUUGCUGAGCAUUUGUUAAGGGGCCAAGAGGAACAACAUUCUGACGAAGAUGAUGAGGAGUCAACUCCUAAAAGGCGAAGAUUACUGCCGCCACAAUCACCUUCACCUUCUGUAACCCAUUUACCAGAAAUGACAGGGUUGAAAAAUAGCAUGAGGUGUAAGAACAGUGGCUGCACAAAGAAAACCAAAAUAAGGUGCAAAGGUUGUUCAGUUUUCUUCUGUCUGACAUCACAGAAAAACUGUUUCUCUGAGUAUCAUCAGAAAUAAAGCUGUCAAAAUUCUUCAUUUAUUUUACUUUUUAAAUUUAUAUUAAUUAUUUUACCGAGCGAGGUGGCGCAGUGGUUAGACACUGGACUCGCAUUCGGGAGGACGACGGUUCAAUCCCGCGUCCGGCCAUCCUGAUUUAGGUUUUCCGUGAUUUCCCUAAAUCACUCCAGGCAGAUGCCGGGAUGGUUCCUCUGAAAGGGCACGGCCGACUUCCUUCCCCAUCCUUCCCUAAUUCGAUGAGACCGAUGACCACGCUGUCUGGUCUCCUUCCCCAACCAACCAACCAACCAUUAAUUAUUUUAAAUUGAUAAUCAGUGUAAUAUCUACAUAAUAAGACUGUAUUUUGUUCAAUAAACUAAAA